AUCCCUUCUUCCCCAUCUCUCACUUGCCUAUGAAAAGGGGGAAAAAAAGCUAAUAAAUAAAAAGGCAAUAGUGGUGCAACAGUCAUGGCGUCUUCCUCAUCUUCUCAAACCACCACGCCUUUGCACUGGCACUACGCAGACCUUGACGACUCCAACUUCGAAGUCCAUGGAAGAAGCCUCCUCUUCGUCAUCGUCCUCUUCUCUGUGAUCCUCCUCUUCACCCUCAUUUGCCUCUACGCCCGUUGGGUCUAUAAGUAUACCGUAAACCGGCAACACUCGGCAUCUGCUUCUCCUCCAGCAGCACCACCACCACCAAUACCACAACCAUCGGAUCGGCCAGCGGCCGCUGGACUCAAUCCCGUGGCCAUAAGCGGCCUUCCAGUUUCUUUGUACAAAGGCCAGGCCGUGUCUCCUCCAGACGCGUUGCAGUGCUCCAUCUGUCUGAGCGCUUUCGUGGAGGAUGAGAAGGUGAAGAUUUUGCCGACGUGCCACCACACAUUCCACACCGAGUGUGUCGAUCGGUGGCUCAGGACGCAGUCUAGUUGCCCACUUUGUCGAGCUUCUCUUCUCUCUUCCCCUGCUGAUAAGCUUGAUCCUGGAUCUGCUGUGUAAUUAAUCUCAUCUCCAUUUUUUUUUCUCUUCACUCCCCCAAGUAAGUUUUUUGAUGAUUCUCUCUUUUGCUAAAGAAAAAGUGAAAAAAUAGUUUGGAUAUAAGGAAAAUCAAUAUAUCUUCAUUCUUGGCUAAA